AUGUAUGUGUCGGUGUGUGCACAGACGUGUUACGCCGUCGGAAAGGCAAAUGGACGGAAUCGCCGUCGCCGUUGCCGCCGUUGGCAACGAGGCCUUUUUUUAGAGGCCGAAGGCGAAGCAUUGCACCCGGCAACUCGCAUUCACUUCCGGCGCCAGGCGACAGGAAUGCUCAGACGACAACCACGGAUGGCGCCAUCUUUGGCUUCGUCAGUUCAGAACGUUUUGUCAAUUGACGCAACGUCGUUGAGGACAUCGAAAACGCUUGAGUGCUAA